AUGGUAGAACGGGAGAACAUUCAGACCCCAAUAUAUUAUAUUAGCAAGAUGCUAACUGGCCCAGAGACGCGCUACUCGAUGAUAGAGAAACUGGUCCUCGCGCUAGUACAUGCAUCACGACGACUACGCCGGUAUUUCUCUGGUCAUGUUAUUACAGUUCUCACUAAUUAUCAGUUAGGCCAAAUUCUAUUCAAACCCGAUGUUGCGGGGAGAUUGGCUAAGUGGGCCAUUGAGUUGGGAGGAUACAAUAUCCUAUAUAGACCGCGGCCAGCAAUCAAAGGGCAAGUUUUAGCAGACUUCGCCACAGAAGUUCCCAUAGACAAAGUGCAGGAAUGUGAGGCGAUCCAAAACCCUAUUCCAGUUUUUGACGACAGGGUUUGGACGUUGCACACAGACGGGGCUUCUAAUGACGAUGGAGCUGGCGCAGGCUUGCGAUUGGUUAGCCCAGACGAUCACGAGCUUACAUACGCGAUACGUUUGGAUUUCAAAAGCACAAACAAUGACGCAGAAUAUGAAGCGUUUCUGGCAGGCCUCCGCUUAGCGCUUAAAAUGGGAGCAAAAAAUCUCGAAGCUCAUGUUGAUUCAAAGCUAGUGGCCGAGCAAGUUAAUGGGCAUUACGAUGCAAAAGGUGAAGCUAUGGCGUUAUACCUAGAACAAGCGCGAAUGCUUAUCAGCCAAUUCCAAACGUUCAAGAUAAUUCACAUAAACAGAAGUGAAAAUAAGCAUGCGGAUGCAUUGAGCAAACUGGCCGCCACCAGUUUCAAACAUCUAGCAAAGGAAGUGCGCAUCGAGGUACUGUCCAAUCCUUCCGUUCCUCUUAAACAAGUAAACAUCGUUGAGGUCGGCAACCCAUCCUGGAUGUCCCCGGUCAUCAUGUACCUGCAACAUGGCAAACUUCCCAAAGGGAAAGCGGAAGCUAGGAAGAUCCAAAACAAAGCAAUAAACUACGAAAUGGCGGAAGGUAUUUUAUACCGAAAGUCAUUCAUGGGUCCACUCCUAUGUUGCGUGGACAGAACAGAUGCACAGUACUUGGUAAGAGAAAUCCAAGAAGGACUUUGUGGAAUACACGCCGGGCCACGCAUGGUGGUAGCAAAGAUAAUGAGUGCCGGCUAUUAUUGGCCCGGAAUGCACGUGGAUAUGGUGGAAUUGUUACGCAAAUGCGCAGCUUGUCAGCGUCAUGCACCAAAAACUUUGCGACCAAAAAACCCGUUAGUUCCAGUCACAUUCGCCUGGCCUUUCCAGCAAUGGGGCAUCGACCUCGUGGGCCCAUUCCCUGACGCGCCUGGCGCGGUGUAA